AUGGAUGUCGUUCGUAGUCUUUUACGAGCGAUCACACCAUUACCUGACGGUGAUGCGAUUGAUCGUAUUAAUUAUUGCUUUUCAACUACUAUUUUAGUCGUUCUAUCAGCAUUCAUUUCCGGAUGGAGUUUUGUUGGCUCACCGAUACAAUGUUGGUUUCCAGCUUAUUAUCGCGGAUGGUGGAUUGAAUAUGCGUUAGAUUAUUGUUUUAUACAAAAUACAUAUUUUAUACCAUUUACUGAUGUUAUUCCCGAUAAUUACUGGGAUAUUGCAGAACAUGUAAUUCCUAUACCAAAAAAUAUUACCCAACGUGAGGAGCGCCUAAUUGGUUAUUAUCAAUGGGUGCCAUUUAUUCUUGCACUUCAAGGUGUAUUAUUCUAUCUACCAGUCGUUUUAUGGCGUACAAUGUAUUCUAGCGUAGGUAUAAAAGUGGGCGUAAUUUGUGAUACAUGUAGUAUUCGAUCAAAUAUGGUCGCUCAAGAUCGAUCAAAAAAUUUGGAAAAAGUUGCGUCAUUUUUGACUUAUGAACAAGGCGUAUAUUCAUCAUUAGAUGGUAGAAUGCAUCGUCAUUUAUCAUCUGGUCGUUUUCUUAUCAGUGUAUAUUUGUUUAUGAAGUUACUCUUUGCUCUAAAUGCUUUAUUACAAUUUUGGAUUAUCAAGAAACUUUUGGGUGUGGAAAGUAUUUGGUGGGGUGCUCAGGUGUUUAAUGACUUAAUUCAAGGCUUAGAAUGGCCACAAACUGGCAAUUUCCCACGUGUCACAUUAUGUGAUUUCUCAGUGCGUGUACUUGGUAAUCUUCAUCGACAUACCGUGCAAUGUGUAUUAAUAAUUAAUAUGUUUAAUGAAAAAAUAUUUUUGUUAUUGUGGUUUUGGUUACUUAUCAUUUCUACUAUCAAUGUUAUAAGUCUUUUACAUUGGUUAUUUGGAAGCUUUAUGCAUAGUUCUGGACGAGAUAUGAUUGGCUUCUAUCUUGAAAAAAUUGAUCCAGCAGUUGCUCAUACAACACGUCGUCGUGCGUUACUCCAUGAAUUUAUUGCUGAAAAACUUCGUCCGGAUGGUAUAUUUUUGUUGCAAUUAGUAAAAGCUAAUUCAGGUGAUAUUGUCACCUGUGAAUUGAUCGCAACACUUUGGCAGAGUUUUAUAACAAAUCGCGUGAAUCCUCCACCAUAUACCGAACCAUUAUUAUCCGGUAAAGAAAAAAUUUCAGCAGAUGAAAGCGGAUUAUAG